AGUUAAUAAAUUUAUUACUGUUUCACAAAUUUAAAAAAGUCACUCACAUUUCAUUUGGUAUUCGCUUUAAUGGACAUGAGCGCCACACAUUCAUUAUAAAAUAUAUUGAAAAGGAACCUGAAAAAAUUAAAUGCAUACUAAGAAAACUAUAGAACCAGAAAUUAAUAUCAAAUUUACGGGUGGAAGUUAAACAAGCCUGACGAAACAAUUAAUGCAUCUGCUAAAAAUUAUUGUUUCGUUCCUCAAACACUGCAAACAUAAUAAUGUUCUAAAAUUAACAGGACAUAAUAAAAGUAAUGGCUCAUGUCCCCAACCUCAAUAAUAAUAUGAACUUAUAACGUGCAGCAUCACGACCAAUUAAGACCGACUGCAUUCUUUGCGCAGACCAAUAAUGAUAAAUGAAGGAUAACAGCCAGUGGACAGUAAGGUACCUAUAUAUAUAUAGACAAAAUGGACAACAUAAAGAUAUGUCGAGGUACAAGAGUACUAGAACGAACUAAAGCAAUGGAUUAAAGGUAUGAAGGGAUAUUUAUUAAGUGUGCUACUCUCUUCUAUGCAGGAGACUAAUUCCCCCCAAAGUGUUUUAUUUUAAUAAUUGAAGGAUUUUUUUUAAGCUCUAAUUCUAUUACUGCAAUAUGUUAAAUAAAAUUUAUUUUAUAUCAUUGCUGAAGUGAUCUUAAAUUGAUCUUUUCGAAGUGAUCGAUCGUAACAUGUAUAAUUUUGUAAUCUCUAGUAUUGAUGGUGACAGGAAACUAUAUAUAUAUAAGACGACCAGUUUAAUUAUCAUUUUACUAAACCAUUUAUUAAUUUUUGUAGUCAGUGCAGUUGCCUACCAAGAUCUGUUUAAAAUAAGUUGACAGCCGUUGCUACGUAGCUACGUCACCAAAACCUGCGUAGCGGACAGCAAGCCUACGCGUGCUUGCUACUCCGCGAUGUUUUGAUCAGUCUGCACGUGUCGAGCCUCAGUCCUCCAUGUAUCGCUACAAUGGGGCGAGAGCAGAAUAUUUAUGGUGCGUUCAUGAUUAGCUCUUACUGUCAAAACAAACCGAUCAAACCUGAACAUUGAAAGACUUACAUGAGGUUGCUUGCUCUCCAGCAGGGUUGUGACCUUCAUUUGCAUAUCACGUGGUACGGAAGACGUUGCUGAGGCGGAGGGAAGUCGAGGAAGUCGCCCUUUGGCCCAUAACGCAGUCAUCUGAUUGGCCGUGCUGGGUGACGUCAGAACUGAGUUCGAUGGCCGCGAAGGCAUGAGGCUCUAUUGUGCACGAGGAGGUUCUGUUGUGUACGCUACAAAGUUCGACUUGUUACCCUUUAACGUAAAAAGGGGUGAGUAAUUCAUCUUGUGGCUAUAGGGUAUUAUAAGGACCAAAGUAGGCAGUUUUGGGCAACGUGAAGGAAACUGGUAGAGGGAUUCAAUCAUGGAUACAGCAAAUUGUAGGCAAUCCAAUGAGUGUUUUGAUGACAUAAAGAUUCCUGUGACAGAUGCUUUGAUCAGUAAGAGAAUAUUCUGUACUGAUAAUUUUGUCGAAAAUGGUAAAGCUUGCAAGAAAUUAUCAGCAACAAAUAAGAAGAAAUGUGUCAAAAGAAAAGGAUCAAAGGUGAAAACAGAUCCUUCAAAAAGAUGCAAGUCAGGCAUCCCAGAGACUUGCAGCAGUGAAAGUUUGCAGACAUUUGAUGGAGCUGACAAGACAAACGUGAAAGAUUUAUUUGUAAAUUUAGAUAACACUUUAAGAAAAUUUUCCAAUCAUUUAGCAGCAGCAUAUCAAAGCAAUCUAAAAGUGCCUUAUCCAAACAUUUCAAAAAUAUGCUGCAAAUAUGAUAAAGAAGAAGUUAGUCUAAGAGUAGAUGUGGAUGAAGAGCAGCAAUCAGAUUUGAAUAUAACUGAUUCCUUAAAGCUUGUUCUUCAUUCAUGAGGUUAAUCCAAACUCAUCAACCAGACAACAAAAGUGCAGGUUCAGCAAUCUACAGAAAUGAAAAAGCUUGUCACCAGAGAGGUGGCGGUAACAGAGUUGGAAAAAAUAUAAAGUUUGACCAAAAAAGUGUAAAGAGUACAUUAGAGGCAGAGAUGCCAGCCUCUGUUUUAAACUGUGCCACGAAAAUUCAACCCCAUAACCUGGACAAUGCAAGGAGCAGUGUUAAUCUUCAAAAUACUAUCAUGCAUAAAGAGGAAUCCACACAAACUGCUGAGAAACUGGUUUUGGGUGAAGCCAUAACAGAUUUUGAGCGUGCAAUAAGUUUGUCACAUAGACCUGUGCGAAAGUGUAAAAAGAAGCAAAAUGUAAAGUUCAGUCGCUGUACUUCAGGUCAGGUUCAGACUAUUCAAUCCUCACGGAAUCUGAAAUUGGAAAAAAGUAAUGGAAAAAACACUGCAGUUAGCAGGGCCAACGUUUAUAAAAAGCCUGCAAGUUUGUCAGAAAAACCAACAUCCAAAACUGUUCAGUGUAUUUUGAAAAAAGCAAGUCACCAAAAAACAAAUAAUCCUAAUUUGAUUGGUGAUACUAUAAAUAUCCAGGCUCAUUUUACAGUUUCCUGUGACGAGAACAUGAAUAGGCUAUCACCAAAAGAGGGAGAAACUUCCAGGUUACAGAUGGCAUUGGGAGCAAUGACAACUGUGGCAGGAGAAAACUGUUUGCAGACAAGUCUGGCUGCUGCUGCUUCUGUACCAACACACACACAACUUCCUCAUUCUGUGGAUUGCGCUGGUAAUCUGCAACAUUCAUCUUGUGAGAAAAGUGACGUGUCAGAUGACUUGGCACACCAAACUCUUCAGAUUGCUGGAAAUCAUUUGCUUUGCUCUACCAAUGUACUAUUGCCCACAAAAACUCUGUCACAUGUCUCCACAUCAUCACACAACAGUGUGAACUUAGAAAUUGAAGGCUUCCCAAAAGAACAUAUGGAAAGUGCCAGAAUAUUUUCCAAACUUGAAGUUUUGCAAGAGGACCAUUUCAUGGAUGUUGCUUUAGAAAUAGAAGUCUUGGAAAAUUCAGAGACCGAAUUGACAGCAGAGUUUGCACCUAUGAAACAAGGCCACCAUCCAUUAUUACAUGAUAAUGAUAUUGCCAAGCAUUCCAGUUCCCUGCCACAAGUGUAAGUAUCUGUUUAUUCAUCUUUAAUAAUAGUCAUCAGUCGUUUCACCCCAAGAUCAUUCUUCUCCCACAGCUUAAGUCAAUUUGUCCCAGCUAUGUCCAUUUUGUCUCAGGUAAGAUCAUUUCAUCUGAAGGCUAAAAAGUCAAAUUAAUAACAUGUUAAUGAUGCAAGUUGCAGUUUUGACAGAUGAUUUUUUUUCCCAUGGCACACGAAGAAAGUCUAGUUAACACAUAUUGUAUAAAUCACACAGUGAAAUUUGUGAACAGUGCCAAAAGCCCUUAUUAACUGGCCAGAUGCUUAACCAAAUUUGGCAAAGUUGUGUGUAAAUGUCACAGAAAACUAGUGGUUUGGGGACAAAUAUUCCAGAAACUCAGAGGGCUAAGUUAAAACAUUUGCUAAUACAGUGGGACUUUGAUCACUUUAGAAGUUUUGGCUGUUAAGAAUGGCCUUGCAGUCUCAUUCAGCUUUUAACUUUUGAUUAUAUAAUAGAUUAUUUCUUUCAUAUGCACAUUCAUAUUUUUACAGUAUUAUUUAUUAAUUAAAGAGCACUUCUGUAAUUCAUCUCUAGUAUCUUUGCACAUUUCUCACAACACAUACUUGCCUUAGCAGAACUGAAUAAUUAAACAUUUAUAUCAUAAUAAGUUUCAGGUAAAUAUUCAAACAGUUUGUAAUGUUCGUCAUCAUUAUUUGUGUCUAUCCCAAUCCUGGACACGCAAACCAGCUGACUGAUUUGCUUUGAUGCUCUUUCCUGCAAAGUUUGACGUAGACUACUAGGCAGUUGGGUGUUGGUGUUAAAUACACUGUACUUUGUAUUAUCACAAGAUUUUAAUAUCUCCUCUAAAGGCUAAUCCAACCGCAAAUUUUUCAAAUUUUUGAUAUUUUCAAAUCAUAUAAAUUAUUGUAACUCACUGAUUCCUAAAAAAGAAAAAAAUACAUCAGAGUAAAAAGGAAAGCUGUUCUGUUUGGUGAGGAACAUUUUUGAAAGAAAGGUCUCGUUUCUAUAGCUGUGAUUUCACAGAAGUAGGGUUGUUUGACUGGACGCUGCCUCAAUAUCAAAUGCCCUUUUUUGAUGGUCUUAGAAUGUUAGAAUUGAGAUCACAUGGUAUGUGUUUUUGUAAUGAAUAUUGACUAAAACUUCACAUCACUUUAUUUCUUGUUAUAUUUAGAUUAGAAUUUAAUUUUAAAUAGCUUUGAAUUCCAGAAACAUUAUUUGUAGUCUCAAUGACUGUGUGUGUUGCAUAAAAAUAUCCUAGAGGAUUAGUUUGAUGUCAACAACAGCCAUUAAUAUCAUGCUAGCUGUUUGUAAAUCCAGUCUUUAUCUUAAUAAAGGCACACAUUUGUUAAACACUUAAAACUGUGUCAUCCCUUACAAUGACUGGUUACAGAUGUUAACCUUAAAGCUUCAGAUGAAACAGGAACUUUUCAUUAUAAAAGGUCAUACAUGAUUAGCAGGCAUGCUUGCAAGUGAAUUUUUAUACAGAUUAAAAUGCUUUCAUUGUCUGCUUUCCAGUCUGUUUUCUUCAUGUUUAAUCAACACAUGACAGGUAGGUUAAUGCAUUUUGACUGAAAACUUGUCUUAAUAGUAACACGGAGGAGCUACCUGAUGUACAAGGUGAAACAGGAGGAGGACAUAGUUUGUGUGAGGCAGUUGAUCAUCCUAAACAUCAGAAAGAUGAGCAGCAUAAUACUGAAUCUGUCUCUUGUCGGCAGCAGUUAUCUACCUAUCAGGUUUGCCAUGAUAAACCUAACUGGAAAAUGCUUGAAUCUUUUAUACAAGUCAAGACCCAUGCAAGGCACAUGAGAUGCUUCAGUGGCUAGAAAAACUGCAGAAAAAACAGCGACUGAAGCAUAUUCCAACAAAAAUUCUCAAGUCUUUAAUGACCAUGUACAUACAGAGGAAGGCUGUGCCACAGUUGCUACAUAUCUUGAAAGCAGUAUGUCACCACAGACUGUUUGACCUCAGUGUCUGCAGAACAUACAUACAGUUGUGCAGAAAAUACCCUGUUCACUUAAUACAGAUAUUCAAGGCUUUGAAGGCAAACAACUUGCAACCUGCGGUUGUGGACAUAUCUGUUCUGCUAAAAGCCUUCUUGCAAGAUAGAGCAUCCAUUCAUCACCUAUGGGAAGUGCUAUGCUACUGUUCUAUAUACCAGGAUGCACCCCUGGAGCUUGUGGAAAAGGCUGUUGGACAAACCCAGACUGUAAUAUCCAACAAAAAUAUUUUAAAGCUGGUUAAUUGUUGGGUUAUGACAACACCUUCAAGCUUUCUCUGCAAAUUAAAACCUGAAACUUUGCUUCGGCUGCAAACAUUUCUACACCAAGAACCUGCUCACUGCUUGCAGCAAGCACAGGGUUUUGAUCUUGAGUUGGCUGUCAGAUUUCUGGUACAAAUUCAGAAUAAGGAAGAAGACCCACUGUUUAUUAGUCAUCUUUCAGAUGUUCUUUUGAGGAGUAAUGUGCUACUUAAUGCAGCCACAUUCCUUAACUUUCUCCAAGAGAAGAUCAAGAAGGAAAGUGGGCAUCUGGAAGAGUCUAUGAGCUGUAUUCGCCGUCACCUUUCGCAGCUAGGAUCACUGUUGCUGGCAGGUUGUUGUGGCCAGCAAGGUGAUGAUGUCACAGAGAAGUUGCUGCAGUUGCUGAAGGAUAGCCCUCUUGUAGACAAGCCCCAGAUGACAUGUUGUCAGGCGCACAGUAAAACACAAGAUCAGUCUCUUGAAGGAAAGCAGAAAGUGUCAGAUUGUCUUAAGCUAGACAGGUCUGCAACAGCCACAGAGCCUGCCCAUGACCAUAUCCAGAGGCUUCUUCGGCAGCAACCUUCAACAUCCAAUGCUGCAUCAUCCUAUCCUCAGCAGGUGUUCUGCCAGAUUUGCAAUCAGAAGGUGGUGCAGGCUGGUGCUGUCCUCCAGCCUUACCACAGCUCCUGCCCUUCCCAUCUUUUGCUGAACUGCCACCAUUUCCUUCAUACCCCCCUCCACCACCCCAGCUGCCACCAUGCAUGCCAGGAAUGUUUCAGUCCCACCCGCCUCCUCCCAUGCAUUGGCAGCACUAUCAACCUGCUGUGCCGUAUGGCUUUGGCUUGCAACCACAAAGGUACGACCCAGUGCUGGUAUGGAGCGGUCAGUCAGGAGAAGCAGAGAAAGUGUGGCAAGGCAGAAUGCAGUGGCCACAUCAGGGCAGGAUGUGGAAGAGAGGGAGCUGGGGGAGAAAACAGACAUGAAAAUGUGCCUCUCCAGCCGGGUAGCUGGUAAUAACUGUUCCACUGACUACUAACUGGCUGUGUCUUUUUCAUUUUUACACAAAUUUAUAAAUCUAAGCCAAAGUUACCCUGAGAUUUUAGCUGUACAGCUAUUUUAGACCUUCAGCCUUUUUCAACAUUUGUUUGUAAAUAUUGAUUGGGGAGAAUGUUAGCAUUCUAACUGUUCAUAUCAGUUUUAUGUCAGUUUCUAAAACCCAUAUCUGCAUUAUUUCAGCUGGGCUAAAAAAAAAUGCAACCUGUCUUUCCCUUGGACUUGUCCUCAGAACAAAACUUUUCCUUGAGAGUGGCACCUUGCCAAAAAUGUGUAUAGAAUUGACUAAAUGUACACUGGCUUUAAAAUAGUCACCAUACUAUGAAGAAGCCAUUUUGGGGAUCAUGGCAGUAGUGGUGUAAUCAUUUAAGGUUCCUUCUUGACAAAUGCCCACAAAGUGCUCUUUGUGUCUUCACAUUAUUUUUAUGAUGGAAAAUAUUUUUUGAAGCUGGUGUACUGAAAUUUUUAAUUUCAGCUUGAAAUGUUAGAUUUUCAUAUACAUGUACACAAUGAAGAUUUAGGACAGUUGGUGAUGUACUGACAAAAGUACCUGAGAACACAACAGUGAGAAUUAAGUAUUACUGGGUUUUAGUAUUAGCUCCUCACUCUUUUUCUAUGCUAUUUACAUGUACUGUAUGUCAAUGUUAAAUGUGAAUUACAGAUAUCACCAUCAUAAACAGCAAUGUCAAAUA